AGAGAGAAUAAAUUUCAUUUAUUUUUUGUUUUUAAAGUAAAUGGGAACCAUUACUUGCGUCAGUAAUUUCACCAAUCUCUCGAGAAAGUCAAUUUCUUGGUCCUCAUCAUCAUCAUUGUCCUCAUCGCUAUCAAUUUUCAAGAACCCGAUUCUAAUCUCCCGAAGCUUCAGCUUCUCUUCUUCAAUGGCUGCUGCUUCUCUUCUUCAAUUCUCAGCUUCAUCCUCAACGGCAGGGAAAGCAAUUGUGGGAGAGAAUGAUUUGCUAAUUGUAGGACCUGGUGUUCUUGGUCGUUUGGUGGCUGAAAAAUGGCGGGAGGAACAUCCAGGGUGUCGAAUUUACGGGCAGACCGUGACGACGGAUCACCACGAUGAACUGCUCUCACUGGGGAUUAACCCACUUUUGAAAGAGACCAAGACCGAUCAAAAGUUCCCCUUUGUGAUUUUCUGUGCUCCUCCUUCAAAAACUCCAGAUUACCCUGGUGAUAUUAGUUUGGCUGCUUUAAGCUGGAAUGGUGAAGGUUCGUUCGUAUUCACUUCGAGCUCUGCACCGUAUGAUUGCAACAACAAUGGACCAUGUGAUGAGGACACGCUGAAUGUGCCGAUUGGGAGAAGCCCUAGGACAGAUAACCUUCUCAAGGCUGAAAAGGUGGUGCUGGACUUUGAUGGUUGCAUUGUUAGGUUGGCUGGACUAUAUAAAAUAGAUAGAGGUGCACAUUUCUAUUGGUUGCAUAAGGGGACUGUCGAUGCUCGUCCCGAUCACAUCUUGAAUCUUAUACACUAUGAGGAUGCAGCUUCCCUCUCGGUCACUAUUCUGAAGAAGAAACUUCGGGGUCGGAUUUUCUUGGGUUGUGACAAUCAUCCUUUGUCCAGGCAAGAAGUAAUGGAUUUAGUCGAUAAAAGUGGGAAGUUCGACAUAAAGUUCUAUGGCUUUACAGGCACUAGUGAUCCCCUGGGAAAGAAGCUGAGCAACUCGAAAACUCGUAAGGAAUUAGGAUGGGAGCCAAAAUAUCCUAGCUUCGCCCACUUCCUCGGAGUUUCAGAACUCAUAUACAGUUUCUAAACGUUUCACAUCAGUGUUAAUAAGAACACUUUCAGUUGAGUCGUUGUACCUCGGGAGUUUCGGUUUAACUACUAGCCUAAUCCGAAUUGCCGAGACGUAAUUAUGCUCGACGAAACCGGAUUUACUAGGCACUGCAAGUUCUUGACAUGGAGCUGCUGUUGCCAAGAACUUUCAUGCCUAGUACUUUAAAUUGUCUUCUGAGUUCUAAAAACUUUAACUCGAACUUGAUUCUAGAUAAAAAUUGAACUGUU